AAGCCCACCCAUCGAGGGAGGCAGUGCGUCGCGAGGGCGCGCGGAAUAAAUGCUCGCGCACCGGAGCCGCAGGAGCGCAGAACGGCUUCACACGCGCGCUGCGUGUUUAUACAGCGAGACGCGCGCGGACAUGUCACGCACCUUCACAAGAAAACUCUGACUCGUGCAUCGGAGUACUGACAAGAGGAUAAUAAAGAGGUUUUAGUCAUUAUUUAAAGAUUUCUAAAGAGAAAAGAUCGACGGUGACGCACAGUACGACACAAUGCAGGAAUCUGAGCCCAGCGUGUGUCAGCUGCAGCCCAACAUCAUCUCCGUCCGUCUCUUCAAGAGGCAAAUCGGUGGGCUGGGCUUUUUGGUCAAACAGCGGGUGUGCAAACCUCCCAUCAUAAUCUCUGACCUCAUUAGGGGCGGGGCGGCUGAAGAAUGCGGGCUGGUCCAAGUCGGCGACAUCAUCCUGGCCGUGAACAACAAGCCUGUGGUAGAUAUGAGCUACGAGCUGGCACUAGAAACCCUGAAGAACGUGUCGCCAGAAACUCACGCCGUGCUGAUACUCCGAGGACCUGAGGGCUUCACCACUCACCUGGAGACCACGCUCAGUUCAGACGGAAAAUCCAAGACGGUUCGGGUCACCAAGCCAGUCAUCCCUGCUCCGUGUAGGCCCUGUGAACGAUGCUCGCCCCUCACACCAAACAUGACCAAAGAGCUCAGAGCCAUCGAGAACCUGUCCUCCGACUCCUCUACCAAAAAACCUCUGAUUCCACUGCUGGCCCAGGACUCUUUGCUCAGAGAAGGAGGCCAUUCCACCCUUCUCCUUAAUGGGGUGGAGGACAACGACCUGUUGAAGGAGAUCGAGCCUGUUCUGAAACUCAUCAAGAACAGCAAAAGAGAGAUGAAUGGAGAAGGUCAGAGAGUCGUAGAGAGGAAGGACGCAGAGGUGCAAGUGGAGAGAGACCUUGGUGUGGAAAAUGGACAGAACGCCCAGCUGGCGUCGGAUAACGACAGAGUGUUUGAUGACCUCUGGAGAAAGGACAACAUGCCUACAGUGCUAAACAACCCUUACUCUGAAAGUGACAAGCCACAAGCCCAAGGAGUUUCUCCCACUAAGACUUUGCAGAAUGGAAGUCCAUCUAAAUGUCCGAGAUUCCUGAAGGUGAAAAAUGUGGAAACCGGAGCCGUGUACAAUGACACUCUACAUAACAACUCCAGCAAGGUGCCGAUCUGCACCGAGCGUGUUUGUAUAGGGUCUAUUAUGGUGCCAAAUCAGCAGAGCCGCAAGCCAGAUGAAGUCCGAACGAAAGAGGACCUGCUGCCGCUCGCUACAGAUUUCAUUGACCAGUACUACACAUCAAUCAAAAGAUGCGGCUCCAAGGCCCACGUUGACCGAUUGGAGGAGGUCAAAAAAGAGAUCGAAAUUUCAGGAACGUAUCAAUUGAAGGACAACGAGCUGAUCUAUGGUGCCAAACACGCAUGGAGAAAUGCAGCUCGCUGUGUGGGACGCAUCCAGUGGUCCAAACUACAGGUUUUCGACGCCCGAGACUGCACGACUGCUCACGGGAUGUUUAAUUACAUCUGCAACCACAUCAAAUACGCCACCAACAAAGGAAACCUCAGAUCGGCAAUCACCAUCUUCCCCCAGAGGACUGAUGGGAAACGUGACUUCCGUGUGUGGAACAGUCAGCUGAUUCGGUAUGCAGGCUACAAGCAGCCUGAUGGAUCCAUACUCGGAGAUCCGGCCUCAGUAGAGCUAACAGAGAUCUGUAUUCAGCAAGGAUGGAAAGCUCCAAAAGGUCGCUUUGACGUUCUGCCGCUUCUUCUCCAAGCCAACGGACACGAUCCCGAGCUCUUUGAGAUUCCAGAUGAUCUUGUGCUUGAGGUUCCCAUCGAACAUCCAAAGUUCGACUGGUUUAAGAAGCUGAAUCUAAAGUGGUACGGUCUUCCUGCUGUGUCUAACAUGCUGCUGGAGAUCGGUGGGCUGGAGUUUACUGCCUGUCCCUUCAGUGGAUGGUACAUGGGCACUGAGAUCGGCGUCAGGGACUUCUGCGACAGCUCACGUUACAACAUACUGGAGGAAGUAGCCACAAUGAUGGGGCUGGACACGAGGAAGACAUCCUCCCUGUGGAAAGACCAGGCACUGGUAGAGAUCAACAUCGCAGUUCUGUACAGCUUUCAGAUAUCAAAGGUUACUAUCGUAGACCAUCACUCAGCCACCGAGUCCUUUAUGAAACACAUGGAGAAUGAGUACAGGGUGAGAGGUGGUUGCCCGGGCGAUUGGGUGUGGAUAGUCCCACCCAUGUCGGGAAGCAUUACACCUGUAUUCCAUCAGGAAAUGCUCAACUAUCGCCUUACGCCCUCCUUUGAGUACCAGCCUGACCCUUGGAACACACAUGUGUGGAAAGGGGUGAAUGGAACGCCCACUAAAAAGAGAGCGAUCGGCUUUAAGAAACUUGCCAAGGCUGUGAAAUUCUCGGCCAAACUCAUGGGACAAGCCAUGGCCAAAAGAGUGAAAGCGACCAUCCUGUUCGCCACAGAAACCGGAAAAUCGCAGGAUUACGCUAAAACGCUCUGUGAGAUUUUCAAGCAUGCGUUCGAUGCAAAGGUGAUGUCUAUGGAUGAAUACGACACUGUUGAUCUUGAACACGAGACCCUUGUGUUAGUGGUAACCAGUACGUUCGGCAACGGCGAUCCACCUGAAAAUGGAGAGAAAUUUGGUGCAGCGCUGAUGGAAAUGCGACAUCCUACAACAAGUGUGGAGGACAGAAAGACGUACAAGGUGCGUUUUAACAGCGUCUCUUCGUACUCCGAUACUCGCAAAUCUUCCAGCGAUGAACCCGAACCCAAAGCUAACUUUGAGAGCACCGGACCCCUUGCCAAUGUCAGAUUCUCAGUAUUUGGCCUUGGCUCACGGGCAUACCCACACUUCUGUGCGUUUGCCCACGCAGUGGACACGUUGUUCGAAGAGCUCGGUGGGGAACGAAUCCUCCGCAUGGGCGAAGGAGACGAACUCUGCGGCCAGGAGGAAUCUUUCAGAACGUGGGCCAGAAAGGUCUUCAAGGCUGCAUGUGACGUUUUCUGUGUCGGCGAUGACGUUAACAUCGAGAAAGCGAACGAUUCCCUCAUUAGCAACGAUCGGAGCUGGAAGAAAAGCAAAUUCCGGAUGACAUACACAGCGGAGGCACCGACGCUAACACAAGCGCUCUACAGCGUCCAUAAGAAGAAAGUUUACGGGGCCAAAUUUCUGCAGAGACAGAACCUACAGAGUGCCAAAUCUAACCGAUUGACCAUAUUUAUUCGACUUGACGCCAACAACAACGAGAGCUUGAAAUACUUGCCCGGCGACCAUUUAGGCGUCUUCCCUGGCAACAAUGAAGAUCUUGUCACGACUCUUAUCGACAAAUUGGAAGACGCGCCACCUGUCAAUCAAAUCGUGAAGGUGGAGUUCCUAGAGGAGAGAAACACAGCAUUGGGUAUGAUCAGUAACUGGACGGAUGAGAUUCGUAUCCCACCCUGUACCAUCCAUCAGGCAUUCAAAUACUUUUUGGACAUAACCACGCCGCCCAGUCCUGUACUGCUGCAACAGUUUGCUCCUUUAGCUACCAAUGAGAAACAAAGAAAAAGACUUGAGGUGCUCAGCAAGGGUUUGCAAGAGUAUGAGGAGUGGAAGUGGUGUAAUAAUCCCACUAUAGUGGAGGUGUUUGAGGAGUUUCCAUCCCUUCAGAUCCCCUCCACCCUUCUUCUGACGCAACUCCCCCUCCUACAGCCACGAUAUUACUCCAUCAGCUCCUCUCCAGACCUUUAUCCAGGAGAGAUUCACCUCACAGUGGCUGUAGUGUCCUACCGCACCAGAGAUGGCGUGGGUCCCAUCCAUCAUGGAGUAUGUUCAUCGUGGCUCAACAGUCUGGAAACCGAAGAUACUGUGCCCUGCUUUGUCAGAGGGGCUCCCUCGUUCCGAAUGCCAAAAGACAGCCAGGUUCCCUGCAUUCUGAUUGGCCCGGGCACAGGAAUCGCUCCUUUCCGAAGCUUCUGGCAACAGAGACUGUACGAUAUUGAAACUAAAGGAAUCAAAGCGUGCCCUAUGAUCUUGGUUUUCGGAUGUCGGCAGUCCCAGAUUGACCACAUUUACAAGGAAGAGACAAUCCAGGCCAAAAACAAAGACGUUUUUAAAGAGCUUUACACAGCGUACUCCAGAGAACCUGGAAGACCAAAGAAAUAUCUCCAGGACGUUCUCCGUGAGCAGCUCUCUGAAACGGUGUACAAAUAUCUCCGAGAGGAAGGAGGACAUAUCUACGUCUGUGGGGACGUCACUAUGGCUGGAGACGUACUGAAAACAGUCCAACAGAUCUUUAAACUGCAUGGCAACAUGUCUCUGGAGGACGCUGGCUUCUAUAUCAGCAAACUGAGGGAUGAGAAUCGAUACCACGAGGACAUCUUCGGUGUCACUCUGCGCACCUACGAGGUCACCAACCGCCUAAGGUCUGAAUCUAUCGCGUACAAUGAAGAAAGCAAGAAAGAUAUCGAUGAGGUGUUUUGUUCAUAGUCUCAUUCGCGUCCAUCUUGCUGAUUUUUGCUCAGAUACUCCAACGAGAAGUGCGAUGGGACGCCCACCACGAAUUCAAAAACUGUGCCAAGUUUGUCUUUACAACCGUUUUCUCUUUUCUUUGUUGGUCUCAUUUCUUUACACAGUCAUCAUUUAUGCAUUUCUCUGAUCAAAGUUUGCAUUAUUAAGAGCUUUCACUUGAAUUUCUGAAUGCACUUUACGUGUCAUGCCUUUGUCCUCUUUGCGGGCCUGUGUGCGUUCUGACCUGGCCCAAAUUAGUUUUCGGAUGCGCAAACGUGAAGUUGAAAAAGAGCUGGGAAGUAAUCUAAAAAACUAAAUUAUUUAAGUCUCUGUACACAAGUCCUUGUUCACACAUUCACACGUGCGUUCUCACUAAAGGUGGCACGUGACAUUUCUACCAAAAUUACAAAUAUAUCAGCCUGUGUACCAUUGGUCAGAGUAUCUCAUAGUCCCGCCUCAAACGUUACACAAUCAGCUUUGGACUUUUUCACAUUUCGUGUGAAUGACUGAAAAUCGUAUGUCCCUGCAUGCACGAGUGAAACGUUUGUAAAAAAUCACGCUUUGUAUAUUAUUGCUGCUAAUUGCCGGCACGAUGGUAAGCAUACAUCUGAACGUCUGCUAAGAUGUGGUUGGGAAUCCCUUAAGGCUUGAUGUAAAUACAUGUCUUGUGAACAACCAACCCUUAAUAGGGAAUAAAAAUAAUGGAAUAAAAAAGGUAGUUAUUUUCAUGAUAAACCAUUUAAAUCUGUCUAAAUGACACAAUGUCACAACACGGACAAAACCAACAUGAGCAGUCUAGAAGUGCUUAAUAUUUGAUUUAUGUAUAAGUCCCCUGUAGGCCAUCUUUGUAUCCCUCUCGGUUGCUAUCAAAGGGAUAGAAACAACUGUCUGUACAGUAUGCAGUGUUAGGGGUAACGCAUUACAAGUAACGUGCAUUACGUAAUAAUAUUACUUUUCUGAAGUAACGAGUAAAGUAACGCAUUACUUAUCUGUACACAUUAAUAUUUGAGUUACUUUUUCAAAAAAGUAAUGCAAGUUACUUUUUUAGUUUAAUUAAUUUGAUUAAAAAAUAUGUACUGAAUUAUACUAAACAUGUUCACUUUAUGCACUCUAUGCGUACAUGCUGUGUGGUAACAGUUUGAGUCAAAAACUGAGAUGGUAGGCCAGAGCUCGACAUUUUUGUGAUGAAAUAUGCAAUUUCUGAAUGCAAAACUUUUCAGUCAUAAAAAACACCUGGAAGGCCUAAAAGAGAUCAAGCGUCAGCGAAGAAAAAGUAACGCGAAAGUAACUAAAAAGUAACGUAAGCAUUACCUUCCAUGUAAAGUGACUGAGUAACGCAAUUAGUUACUUUUUUGUGGAGUAACUUAAUAUUGUAAUGCAUUACUUUUAAAAGUAAUUUCCGCAACACUGACAGUAUUAAUGGCAACCGAAAGCCUUUAGAUUUACAGCUCUGGUGACUUCACUUAAAAACACUAGUUGCGUUUCCAUUAAAGAUUUGCGCAAAAAUUUAGCGUUAUUUUCUAAAUGUCCACAAAAAUGUUUGCGAAAUGACGGACGUUUUCAUUAACCGAUGUUAUGCGACUAAAACGUAAUUUUGUGGUUUUGCUAUAAGUCAUUACAAAAACCUUUGCGACAGGUGUGUUCGAGUUCAUACGUUACCACGCAGAACGACAUGCGGAUGACAUCAAAAUACCACGAAAGCGACUCGAAAACAUACAGAGCAGUUGACUCACAAAUCGCUCUCGGAGUAUUUUGAUGUCAUGCGCUUGAUGGUUCUUAUGAUGCCACAUGAAGUCAAAAGGUGUGUUCGAGAUCAUCCGGCGCUGCGCAGACCGAUCGGCGAGGUUUGCCGAUUGCAGUCGAGGGAGGAACUGAAGACGGAGCCGUCAAGCCGGACACCUGCUGCUUGCCGUAGUGACGUGUGCGCCGUGUUUCCUUGUUUUUAAUCGCAAAUGAAGUGAAUUAGAUGCUGAAUUUGAUAAAAACAAACCUUUUAAUAAAAGUUGCAACCAGAAACAUUUUAUAUCGAAUAUUUUAAUUGCUGUUCAUACUGUAUACCCGAAAAUAACGGGAAACAAGCCUAUUUUAUUAAAAUACCAAUAGAGUUUGUUAUUUUCAUUUUUAUUUUAUUACACGACACAAUACAACAUAUUUAAGCAUAUUAAAGUGUUUUUUUCCUGUUUUAAAACAUGAAUUUAUAAUGUUUAUUAGUAGAGCUAAAGGUUGGAUUAAACUUGAAACGCACGUGAUCGUUGUCAUCAGUGAGGCGACCAAUCACCUAAAGCUGUGUCGCCAUCACAACUCCGUGCAGCCGCUCUGGAGAAGCUGCACCGGCUGAGCUAGCCGGCUACUCUCGAAACGCUCUCGCGGUACUUAAAAACCAUAUGACACAGUCACGUGCCUGCAGCGCCAGCUGAAGUCGGACAAAAUUACUGACCAGAAUGCACUGCUUCAAGUCAGCCGCCGAUCGGUCUGCGCAGCGCCGCAUGAAGUCGAACACACCUAAACACAACUCUUCUGUCUCUUAAGAAUAAUCAUGUGACUGUUACGCACGUCAGGUGUACACUGUACACGACAUUCGGACACGACUGUCAGAGUCUGCCCCCUAGUGGCAGUCAUAAUAAUGUUUCAGUUUAAUCGUAACAUGGAAGAGAAGCUCAAUCCUUCAUUCUAAAAUUCACCAUAGUGGAAUAAAUAAAUACAUGCAAAUAAUUAAAACAAUAAACAGCUCAAAACUGAAUCCAAAAAUUACGCAUCCGCAGAUGAUUGUCACCUCACGCAGCCCCUUCGCGACUCUUCAUAGGAAAUGAAUGACUUCUGGAUUAUCGUUGUCAUUUGUCGUGUACACUGGAAAGGCGGCUUAAAUGUGGAAAUGUUUCUAUUGCAGUUUUGCGAUAUAUUUUUUUGCACAAUUUGUAGGGUGAUGGAAACGCAGCUACUGACAUAAUAACCAGAAAACUUGAACUAACACUUUUAAAAAAAAUCUCAAUUUGGGUUAUCAAGAACAAAGAAAGACAUUGGGGGAUCAAACGAGCAAAUAAUGAUAAAGUUUCAGUUUUUGGUUGAACUAUCCCUUUAAUUAUAAUAAAUUACAAUGCGCAAGCGGUGAAUCUCACUAUAGGGUAAUAUUUCUGUAUAGUGGAAUUGAUGCCAUUCAUCAGUAUGCAUUUAAAUUAUAAUGAUGUUUGGGGAAUCUGUACAAGUUACAAAAAUCCUUCUGGCAAGUUCUCGGGCUCCCAGGCAGCAGUCUUUCAUGAAUCGUCCUUGAAUUGCUGAACCUCAGUAUCCCGGAUGAAUCGACAAAACCGAAAGGUGAUGCACCCAAUUUUAAUUUCUCUAUCUCUCUUUUUCCUUUUUUUCUCAGAGACUUCUCCGUUACUUGAGGAGUUUGUUUCUUUAAAUCCAAAGUGGAUGUUGGCUCUAUUCAGUUGUUUAUUUUUUAUUCCGGUUCUUACAAAAAGCAAAAAAUCAAUGCAACACAUAUAGUAGGUCAUCUUUUGCAUGCAGAUUCUUUUUGAAUGCUUGAAGAUGAUAUCUUUAUUUCUCUGAAUUCUUAAAGAUUUGUGCAAGUUACAUUUUUUUACAUUUUUAGUCAUACGUGGCCUCUGGCAUGACUUAUAUUACGAGGUCAUUUGAUUUUGAGAAAUUUUCUGUUGUCUUAGUAUUCUUGUUCUGUGUUUGUUGUUAACACUGAAUGUUCCCCUUCCGAAUUUGGGUUUUGCACCGUUAAAACUCUGUGAUACAAAAAGCGCAGCAAAAAAACACACACAUGCAUAUAUUUAAAGGUAUACAGUAAAUAUCUAAGUCUUAUAUAUGUAUGAGAAUUUUUUAAGAAUGUAUUUUGAUUAUGGGUAUUGUUUUUCGUUUUGUCCCUCUGAGUUGCUUGUAAUAUAUUACGUGAAUAUGGUGUCUACUCUUUGCUGUUGAUUUAAGGGGGGACCGAAGCAUUGAUCUGAAUGCAUGAGGUUCAAUGUUUUUCUCUUUAACCUGCACUGUGUCGGUUUAAAUGUUGUGACCGCGUCCAACCUGCGCGAUCGGACGGAGAAGAGCUUACGAGAUUAUUUUUCUUUGUGUUUGUUCUUUGCUGCUGCUAACAAAAACUGUUUCAGUCCAGUCUCCGCUGUGAAUCCUCUAUUGUGGAUCUUUCGAAACAUUAAAACAUUUACCAUUUGAAUGCAUAUACUGCAAAGACUUUGCAUCUACUUAAUAAAAAAAACAUUUGUAUGUCGAA